UGGACCAAUGAUGUGUGUCUGGACUCCAUUAGGGGGUUGCAGCUGUUUUGAGAGAAACAACAACAAAAACGGAGCGACUGACGGGACUAGCUACCACAGAGUCAGUUCGUUCUCAGCCGGUUACGAAGGCUGAAUCCUGGGAGCUAAAACCUCCUUUCCCACCCGGGGCUUCGCCGGCUUCUAACCACGGCCGCUCUCGGUGAGGAAACUCUGGCCUCCGCUUCCUUCUCCUCCGGCUCGGACACCGACGGAGCGUCGCCGCCCCCGCGGAAGAAACACCGAGCCUCGGCGGCGGAGGGAGCAGGAGAGCCCGGGGCUUCAACAGUUGCGACAGGCCUUUCUGGAGUUGUUUUGGGACUUACUACUACUUCUCCACAUCUCCAAGCCACCUCUGCUAUUCACUUUAACAGAACCCCUGUCAACAAUCUCAGCGGCAAUAACAUGCAGUCAAACGGGGCAGGACAGGGACAGGAUCCGGAGCUUUCCUGCCUUAACAGUGCACCUAACGGGGAGUCAUCCUCGGCUGCGGGAACGCACUCCAAUGGGGUUCUGACCAGCACAAACAAUGGGAAUAGUGUUGGAGCGGGACUGGGGUCUGGGUCCUGCGUCGCCUCCACAUCCUCGGGUUCGGGCUUGGAGGUCGGCUCCAUGAAAAAGAAGAAACGACUUUCGCAGUCUGAAGAAGAUGUUAUCCGAUUAAUAGGACAACAUCUCGACGGGUUAGGGCUAAAUCAAACAGUGGACCUGCUGAUGCAGGAGUCGGGCUGCAGACUGGAACAUACCUCAGCCACGAAGUUCCGCAACCACGUCAUGGAGGGGGAGUGGGACAAGGCUGAGAAUGAUCUCAACGAGCUGAGAGCACUGAUGCAUUCUCCCAACGCUAUUGUGCGUAUGAAGUUCCUGCUCCUGCAGCAGAAGUAUCUGGAGUACCUGGAGGACGGGAAGGUUCUCGAGGCGCUGCAGGUGCUCAGGGGAGAGCUCACUCCGCUCAAGUAUAACACGGACCGCAUCCAUGUUCUCAGCGGGUAUCUGAUGUGUAGCCAUGCAGAGGACCUGCGUGCCAAGGCUGAGUGGGAGGGCAAAGGCACAAACUCCCGCUGCCGACUACUAGACAAGCUACAGACGUACCUGCCCCCGUCGGUGAUGCUGCCUCCACGCCGGCUGCAGACCCUGCUCAGACAGGCUGUGGAGCUGCAGAGAGACCGCUGCCUCUACCAUAACACCAAACUGGACAGCAGCCUGGACUCUGUCACCUUGCUCCUGGACCACGUCUGCAGCCGGUCAGCAACACACUCAGGGAAGCAGUUCCCGUGCUACACGCAGCAGAUCCUCACAGAGCACUGUAACGAGGUGUGGUUCUGUAAAUUCUCCAACGACGGCACCAAGCUGGCCACCGGCUCCAAAGACACCACCGUAAUCAUCUGGCAGGUGGACCCUGAGAGCCACCAGUUGAAGCUGCUGCGGACCCUAGAGGGCCAUGCCUACGGUGUGUCCUACCUAGCCUGGAGCCCUGAUGACACCUACCUGAUCGCCUGCGGUCCUGAUGACUGCUCUGAACUCUGGCUCUGGAAUGUCCAAACAGGAGAGUUGCGGACCAAGAUGAGCCAGUCCCACGAGGACAGUCUGACCAGUGUGGCUUGGAACCCUGAUGGGAAACGCUUCGUCACCGGGGGACAGAGGGGACAAUUCUACCAGUGUGACCUGGACGGUAACCUGUUGGACUCAUGGGAGGGCGUGCGUGUGCAGUGCCUCUGGUGUGUGGGGGACGGCAGGACGGUGCUAGCGUCAGACACACACCAGCGGAUCCGGGGUUACAACUUUGAGGACCUAACAGACAGAAACAUAGUUCAGGAGGACCACCCUAUCAUGUCUUUCACUGUUUCCAAGAACGGAAGAUUAGCUUUGUUAAAUGUAGCAACUCAGGGAGUGCAUCUUUGGGACCUGCAGGACCGGGUGUUGGUGAGGAAGUACCAGGGUGUGACCCAGGGCUUCUACACCAUCCACUCCUGCUUCGGAGGACACAAUGAAGACUUCAUCGCCAGCGGCAGCGAAGACCAUAAGGUGUAUAUCUGGCACCGGCGCAGUGAGCUGCCCAUCGCUGAGUUGACAGGGCACACUCGCACAGUCAACUGCGUUAGCUGGAACCCUGUCAUCCCAGGCCUCAUGGCCUCCGCCUCGGACGACGGCACCGUGCGUGUCUGGGGCCCCGCACCCUUCCUCAACACACAGGAGAUGGACGGACUCAACGAGAACUGCAGCAACAUGGACAGUUGAUGGUGACUGGAAUGGAAGACUUGUUCUCUUUUACCAACUGACAACAAAUAAACAUCAAAACGAAUCCUAAACCUAACAAAACACAAAACAAAACAGAAACAAAAGUAAAUCAGUUGCGUCUCAUGACCUGGCAAAACUGUGGAGGUGAGGAUGAACACACUCUUAGAAAACCAGGUCUUCAUCCAGAACCAGUGACCUGGAAAAUCCGAUCCACUGGUACUCCCUGCUGGCUUCCUACUCCUCCACCCCUCUCCCAAACAAGGCCACAGCCACAACAGGGGCUUUCCCCUGAAUCUUCCCCUUGGAAACCCACCUCCUCCCUGGGUCACAGGCCUGGUGUCUCUCCAGACAGCCAUUACAGACCAGCCACACUGAUUGGACCGUGUCUGUCUUCUGUCUCUAUCAUGUACCCAUGUGUGUCUGGGGGGGGUUAAAAGAGGUGGGGGAGUUAUAGCAACUCUUCCUUCUGUUUGUUUUUAUCUUCUCCUUCUGACUCUAGCUCCUUUCUUUGCACUUGAGUUGUUGGACGAAGGCUGAAAAUCUGCACAAAACCAACCGACAAAGUAAAACGCAAAGGCUAUGCUUAUUUUGAUUUUUUUUUUGCGAUAGUCAGCAUUCUUAUUAUUAUCAUUUAACAGGUGAAUCCUAGGGUUGAACUAGGGGUAGUGGCUGUGGAGUGCUUUAGUGUGAACAAAACGCUCUCAAUUAGGAAAAGCUAUUUUUAUCCCUUUAUAGUCUAAAAUGAACAAACUCGCUACAAAGUCUCACCCUCUGACACCCCCUAUCUCCCCCCUCCCACUUCGGCUGUUAACUGUUCCACUAGAUCUACCUGUGGGGAGGGGGGGAAAGGUGAACUGUUAAAGGGGAGGGUUCAGUGGUAGCUGGUCUCGUGUGAAGCAGCCCUCGUGUUGAGUAUCUCUCUAAGAAGGACAUACUGUUGUCUGUACAUGCAACUUUUCUGUACACUGAGGACUGCAUCUGUCCUUCCUCUUUGUGUAUGUGCGUGUGUCAAUGUGUGUCUGGGUGCGCUUCCGUGUGGUUUGUUUGAAUGCAGGUGCAUGCAGACCUGUGUGUUUCUAUUCACACCAGCAGAAGAUCAUGCUUUCCCCCCUCCUCCCAGUGACAUUUUAAAGAGGCUUUUAAACCCAUUCAGAGUUAAUCCAAAGCCCCAUAGAGGUCGCUAUCUGUGGAACAAAUAAUACUUUAGAGCCAUUUUCUAAACUUUUUUUAAAAUCUGGGGCUUUUCUUUUUACAUUUGACUUUGCUUUUUUUAUAUUUCUCCUUACCACCACCUACCAUUGGAAAGGCACUGAGGGAUCGGCGUUACAUCUGUAUUGUGGGAAAACUUUUAAAAAAGAAAAGUGAAUGACAUGCAUUUCAAAAGAGCUGUAAACAAUGUUGUGAGAAAAGGGUCAUUUCAUAUGAGGAGUUAACGAUUGUAGCGUUGGAGAAAGAGGUUUAUUGUUCAACGUAUAGAAUUACAAUUUUAGAGCGUUCUAACACAAACACCCCACACACCCACAUGUAUACCCAAAACACAACGCUUCACAUUCAGAGGUCUACCCCAAGUCACACCUACAAACGCUCAAUUACAAUAUGAUCGCCUGCUCUUAUCCCCCAGUCUGACAGGACUGGGUAGGUAUAGGGCAAGGUCUUAUGGAUGAAGUGAUCAUAUUGGAAUCUGGCCCACGCCACAAUUCCAUGCACCCUACACAGUAGUACAGCAUUCUUGAAGUUAAAGUUACAUCUUACAUACAGCCCAUACGGAGCGAGAGGGACUUCUGCACAACACCCCUUUCCUUCUCUCCAGUCCACCUUAUCAGUGGUGAAAGCACCAUACAGAGCUUUCUUCCUUUCUGAUUCGGGGUAUGUAAUGACUAUUUGCUAUGAACUGAUAUUACAUGUUUAAAAAUUACUGAAUAUUUUGUUUUAUUUUUUGUUCUCAUUUCAUUAGUUUUUUGGUUGACCCCUCCCUGUAUUAUCAUAUUAAAAUAUAACCAGACAACUGGUGUCCUCAUUCUUUUUUAUUCCGCUUAUAAUUAGUUUUGUCUUUUGGGUAAAAUGUUUACCUUAUCCACCACUUCUUACAUUUUUAUCAGUGAAUAUUCGCAGUAACACUCAUGCCAAUAUGAGUGUGGUGGUUUAUGCUUUGGGAGUGUGUUACCUUAUAAGAAUCAGGUUUAAACUGUCCACCCCUUUAAAAAGAGACUCAAUGUACGGUGAUUGAAUACUUGCAUGUCUGUGGAAUAAGACCGGGGGGGGGGGGAAUCUAUUUUUGUGGCACUGUUGGUUGCAGUUACCAUUUCUGCCCUUACUAAAACGCUUGAGACCCAAAAGUGGCUCUGUGGGUGUCGUGUGUGUGAUUCCAUGUUGUAAGGUUAGUCUGGAAUGGUCCUUCUCCCAUUCUUGAACCUUCCAUCUCCUGGACCCCUGAAUGGACUUGAACUCCCCAUCCACACCUUAUGUCAUGUCUGAAGAUUUGAGGCAAAUCAAAAGUGAAGAACUCAAAAGCUUUCACAAAGUUAUAAUUCACCUGCUGGUGACAUAUUCUAUGUCUGUAUGCAACUUGGUGUCUACUCUGUUCUUUUGUCUUUUGAUUUUUUUUAUGAUUUGAUGAUGCUAAUAAUAACUAUUUCUCUCUCUGGAGGUGAUAGGGCUUGGUGGGGGAGUAAGGGUUUUUGGUAGCAGAUUAAAAUAGUUAUUGGGGGAUGGGGACCUGUUUGCGUUUUUAAUGUGUUAUUACAAAAGUGAUUUAACUGUUUUGUAUUGUUGUGUAGGAGAAGUGUUAUGUAUGCAUAUUUUCAAUAAAGCAUUCAGAGUUUUGAAAAAGAGCUGUGGCCCUACAUGGAAUAUCAAGGGGCUGGAGCAUAGUCACUCCCUAAGCACAGAUACAGGAUCAGUUUACCUUAUCCAAUCCUAUCCACAGUCCUCCAUAAUCAUGAGGGGGUACAGAGCUAAACUGACCUUCGAUCAGUGUAAAGGGACAACACCUCUCAACACACUUUAGAGGAAAGCUUGAGUUCUCAGACUGAAAAGAGCUAUAAAUUUUCCUGUGUUUAACUUUGUAUUGUUGAUUGAGUCACACUUGAAAAUUUGGUGUUAAUUCAGAGAAGCCACAUGGCAGGAAAGAAGAAUAAUGUGCAUCAGAGGGGAUCAAAUGCCAAAUGUAGGGGAAAACAAGAUCUGUUGCCAAUAAAAUGUGACUAUUUUGACUAAAC